AUGUUACAAUACAUGAGAGAAAGGAAAAAAUAUGGAAAGCAUAUACCAAAAAGUUUAUCAUCAAAAAUUAAUAAAAGAAAAUUAAUACAAAAAAAUAUAUGUACAAAUUAUAAAACUAUAAAAAUAAUUGAUAUUUAUAAAAAUUUACCAUAUAAUCAAUUAAAUAAUGGAAGAACCAAAAUUAAAGAAAUUAUAUUAGCUAAUGAUGUUCUUGUUGUUUUAUUACUAUCUGGAAUUUCAAGAGCUUAUAAUAUGAUCAAUGGAGAAUUCUUAUGUGAAAUAAAUCCAAAUAAUUUUUCUGUUGUACAUACGAUUGUCUAUAAUUCUUAUAAUAAUACUUUGAUUAUUGCAUAUGCCUCUUUUCCUGCACAUUUGCAGUGUAAAGUUAUUGAUUGUAAUGAUUUAAAACAUGGGAUAACUAAUUCUUCGAAACUUGGUAUAUUAUUUGAAAGGGUCAUAUUAAGUCAUCCAGCGUUUUUUGAAUUUUGCGAAACUAAUGGUAGAAUAGGUGCUGCAAAUUUAAAUACAAAUUCAUACACCUUCUGGAAUAUGGAGACAUAUGAACCUGUAUUUGAAAUAGAGGAAGAAUUUCAAGAAAUAAGAGUAUCUGAUGGAUUGGUAGCUAUGUUUAAGCAACCAGUAAAUAAUACUAUUCCUCUAGCUUUAUUCGAUAUACAAAAUGGAGAAAGACUUAUCGAAACGGUUAUUUCCAUUUUGCCCAGGAGGGAAAUGCAGUUUUUGGAACUCCUUGUGUCGAAAUUAUUGAUAAAGCAAGAAGGUUCUUCCCUUAGAAUUUAUGAUUUACUAAAAAAGACAAGACAGAAAGUGAAGAAUACUUAUACUUUUCAACCCACUGCUUUUGUAUUUUAUGAUCAUCCUUCUCCAAUAAAUGGAAAAGUGUACAACAAUGAAAUAAGCAAAAAAUUUUUUACCAUAUCAAACAACUUGAUAGAGUUUUGGGAAUUAGAUUCCUUCAUGUUGAGGAAGAUGUACACUAUAUAUGUACCAGGUUUGAGAGACCCUGAUUUAUGUAACCACAGUAUGAUGGCCGAGAUUUUAUGCAUUUAUAGUUCUAACGCUUUUGAGAAGAUAAGAAAAUAUGAGAAUUUAUUCACUUAUGUUGAUUACGGUAAUUUAAAAGAAAGUGAAUUAUAUAAAAAGAGGAAUGAAGAAGAAAGCAGUUUAUUAUAUAAGAAAAGAAUAUUAAGUAAUAACAUUCAAGAUAAGAAAUUAAAGUCUGAUAUUAAAAAAGAACAGUUUAAUUAUGGGGCUCUAUUAUUUUUUUCUUUAAAUGAUGGUGAAUUUUUAAAUUAUAUUUCUGAAAAUAUAUGUGGUAAUUCGGUAGAAGUACUUGCUUCGAAUAGUUCCAUGACCACCCUAGUGUGCGGAGAUGAUAAGGGUUUUAUUCGCAUUUUAAGAAAUAACCCAAAAUAUGAUGAUUUCGAAAUAAAGAAUACACAGAUGAUUCGAGACGUUGAUAAGAAAUACUGCAAUAAACUAUUUAAUAACAAAAUGAUUAAGAUAGACGAAAGAAGAAGAAAUUCAUACCAAACGAAAAGAAAAAAGAGUUUCAAGAAACAACAGGAUUUUUUAAAGAAGGCAAAAAUGGAGAACUUUUCUGAUCAUUAA